CCAGUUCACAGCUGGUUCUCGAACGCUCCCGUCUGUUAGCCUUCUCCAGGAUAGCAUUCGGGGUUGAAAUUAGUAUAAAAAUUAUCUCAGAUCAUCAUCUGUUCUCUGCCUAUUACCUCUCACCGCUACGAGAUCUUAGAAGAUAAACGCAGAAUUUGUCGACAACAUCUCGGUGCUGCAGAUCUAGAUACGAAAUAGUUUGGUUACAUUGCAGCGUACUUGCUAUGUGGGAAAGACCAGGGGCAAUCGACAUGUCUCUCUUAGGUGCAGGCUGGAUGGCAGAGCAAUUAGAAAGGGUGCUGCCAGGUUCGUCUGCGGCCUUGACGACGCAGAAUGUUCUGUAUGGACUUCUGGUGGCAACGCUGAUGGUGAUUCUGAUCAUGGAACUGAGAAAAGAGAGGCUGAACCUUCCUCCCGGACCUCGCGCCGUGCCCAUCUUCGGAAAUUGGCUUCAGGUUGGGGAUGAUCUGAAUCACCGCAAUCUGGCCGAGAUGUCGAAGAAGUACGGCGAUAUUUUUUUGCUGAAGAUGGGGGUGAAGAACUACGUGGGGAUCUCGAGCCCCGACCUGGCGAAGGAGGUUUUGCACACGCAGGGAAUCGAGUUCGGGUCCCGGACGAGGAACGUGGUGUUCGACAUCUUCACAGGGAACGGGCAGGACAUGGUGUUCACUGUGUACGGCGAGCACUGGAGGAGAAUGCGAAGGAUCAUGACAGUGCCCUUCUUCACCACUAAAGUGGUUCAGCAGUCUCGAUUCGCCUGGGAGGAUGAGAUCAACCAUGUGAUCAAGGAUUUGAAGGCAGACCCGGAGGCGUCCACCACGGGCUGCAUCAUCCGCCGCAGACUUCAGCUCAUGAUGUACAAUGUCAUGUACCGAAUGAUGUUCGACAGGCGAUUCGAGUCCGUGAAGGACGAGCUGUUCAUCAAGCUGUCGACGGUGAAUCGCGAGAGGAGCCAGCUUGCGCAGAGUUUCGAUUACAAUUACGGUGAUUUCAUCCCCAUCCUGAGGCCGUUUUUGAAGAAGUACCUGGCUCGCUGCCAGGCGCUCAAGGACAAGAGACUGGCCAUCUUCAAGGAAUAUUUCAUCGACGAGCGCAAGAAGGUGCUAGCUGCCAGGGAGGCCAAGAGGCAGGCAGGCGAGAAGGUGGCGAUCGACUUCAUCUUCGAGUCCGAGCAGAAAGGGGAAAUCAAUGACGACAAUGUGCUGUACAUCGUGGAGAACAUCAACGUCGCCGCCAUCGAGACGACUCUGUGGUCCAUCGAGUGGGGAGUCGCGGAGCUGUGCAACAAUCCACACAUGCUGAAGAGGAUCCGCGCAGAGCUCGACUCCAAGCUUGGCCGCGGCAAUCUGAUCACCGAGCCGGACAUUCCUCGAUGCGAAUACUUGACGGCUUUUGUGAAGGAGGUCAUGCGCCUGCACAUGGCCAUUCCCCUGCUGGUGCCUCACAUGAAUCUUAAUAAAGCCAAGCUGGCGGGUUACGACAUUCCAGCCGAGAGUAAGAUCUUGGUGAACGCGUGGUGGAUCGCCAACAACCCCAAGUACUGGAACGAGCCCGAGAAGUUCAACCCCGACCGCUUCAUGGACGAAUCGAUCGAAGCAACCGGAGCCGAUUUCCGCUUCCUCCCCUUCGGUGCCGGAAGGAGGAGCUGCCCCGGCAUCAUCGUUGCCAUGCCCCUCCUGCACUUGGUUCUAGGGCGGCUGGUCCAGACUUUCGACUUCUCUCCUCCACCCGGCGUCGACAAGAUCGACAUGACUGAAAAGGGCGGACAAUUUAGUUUGUUCAUCAAGAACCAUUAUAACAUCGUCGUUACAGAUAGGAAGGACUGAUUUCUCCAUCGAUCCGAACUACUGUCCGGACGAGCACUAGCUUAAUUGUUCGUAUGAUUCAUCUUAUAUUCGAUAGCUUUGUAUAAAGUCGGCUUGGGACCUGUAAUAUAAAAGAUCGUGGACCCAUCAUCAGACG